AUGUGCGAACCAACUACUUUUCAUUCUGGCUCACAGUCUGCCGCCACCGAAAAUUCUGUGCCUCAACAACCGAUAAUGGUCCCAUUUCCUCCGCCAGUCAAGGUAGAGGAUUUAAUCAACUUAAAAAAGGAUGGCGAGGUGCCAGCAAGAUCACCUAACGCAUUUCUGAUCUAUCGGAGAUUGUUUGUCCGUGAAUUAAAAGCAAAGAAUUGCACAUUUAAAAUGACUGAAGUCAGCGCUAUGGCUAGCAUAUCUUGGCAGAAUGAACCGAAAUACGUUAAGGAUGAAUACUGGCGCAUUGCCACGGACGCACGGAACGCUCUAAUGAAUGCACGUCGUACGUCGUUGUCUUUUGCUCGUCGGAAACAACGCGGCUGCUCGAAUCGGUUUACUGGUCGCAUAAAGGGAGCCUCUCCAGCAAAUGAAGGCAAGAAAAAGAACAUUGGAAAUACAACCGAACCAGCUCAUGUCCAACAGCAACAAAACAAGUCGCAACAAAUUAAUGGUGAACAAAACCAAUCCUCGGGAAAACCGAUACAGCAAUUCGUUUUCGAUCCAUUUGCUUGUAUGCCAUCGGAAUGGCUGUAUAUGCACACACUUGACCAGCCACCUUACCUUCAUCCUCCCUCCAUCGCUUUAUCUCCGGAUUCCCAGUACGUUAAUGACAUACCCGAGGAUGGCAACUAUUUCUGGAAUAUAAAUUCGAUUGGUCAAUCGUCGUCUGACGAAGAGUUGACCAAUCAACCCACCCCGUUGCAGUCGCUGGAUGUAUCUCCGUCUAUGUCAGUUUGGAUGAAUAGUCCGUCAAGCCCUUCUAAUAAUGUUAGUGAACAGACAGAUGUUUCGUCAUAUCGUCAAUCCAUCGCUAGUUGGGAUAACCCCAUGUAUAAUAUUCAGAUAGGUGAUGAAGAUGAGCAACUUUUUCAACAAACAUUUAUGCUUUCGUAA